AAUGGUCGGCGUGGACUCCGCGGACCGAAUGACCUGUUUCCGUGCUAUAUCUCUAAACUAAACUAAACUAAGCCAGCAUUUUAUGCCGCCAUUAUUUCUCGGGGCGGAUUUCCUCUCAGGGAAAGGGGUGAUGUUCAUUGUGAUGUCACAAGGAAACAUUGAGAUCAGAGGGACUGUUGUGACAUCAUAAAAUAAUUGUACUACAGUGUGGCAGCAAAGAGGAUUCAAUGGUUAGUCCCACCACACCUGCAGAAUGAAGGACAACAAGAGAAAUAAACAACCAGAAUAAAGUCAGGAGCUAGCUGGAGUUUUUGUUGCUUACAAAAGCAUUGGCAGUGUUGUAAUUUGCAAUUAAACGGCAUUAAUGAUGACACCGUCUACUGACUAAAGGCCCUCCCUCCAUCAGCACCUGUGAAACAAGUACGGCAUGCCUGGUCACACCGUGAACCUCAGCCUUUGCGAGACCUGUCGCUGCAGAACCGUGUCUCCCUUUCAAGCAGCAUGUUAUUUAGCUUGAGAUGGUCUCUCGUGUUGAUCUGCAUUGGAGCAGCGUAUGUCAUGGGAUGCAGUGCGACGAUCCCCAAAAGCGUUUUCAAACACAGAUACUGAGAAAUGGCUCUGUGGAGCAAGGAUUUUCUUAUUCAACAAAAGCAAUGGCAAAGAAUCUCACAGGCACCUUGCCACUCGUGAAAGGCUUUGUUGCCACAGCUAUUGCUGUCAUUUGUUUUGGCAGCAAUUUUGUCCCGGUGAAGAAAAUUGAUACAGGAGAUGGCCUGUUUUUCCAGUGGAUUUUCUGUACUGCAGUUUGGGUUGUCUCACUGGUGAUCCAUCUUAUCCAACUGUGUCCAAAGUUCUGGCCUCUCACAAUGCUCGGUGGAUUUCUGUGGGCUACAGGGAACGUCACCGUUAUUCCCAUAUUAAAAACUAUUGGUCUUGGCAUGGGAGCUUUAAUCUGGUCUACAUUUAGCCUUCUAAUGGGCUGGGCUAGUUCAAGGUUUGGCUGGUUUGGAUUGAACGUUCAGACUGUUCCAAGUCCCAUCCUAAACUAUAUUGGAACGGCAAUGGCAGCUUUAAGUGCUGCGAUUCUUAUAUUUGUGAAAACCGAGAAUAAAGAACCACCACAAGAAGAAACAUCCCCCUUAAUACAGGACAAAGAAAUGGAAAAGGACAAGGAAAUGGAAAAGGACAAGGAAAUCGAAAAGGACAAGGAAGUGGUAGCCUUACAGGCGACUGCGACAAAACAAGGAGACACUUGCUGGACUGAUAAACUCAACCCCCCACAAAAGAAAUUGGUAGGCUGCAGUCUUGCAAUGUAUGCAGGCUUAUUGUACGGCUCCAGUUUUGUGCCAGUCCUCUACAUUAAAAACCACGCAGAAAAAAAUGAAACCAAGUUUUUCGGAGCUAGUCAGUUUGACAUGGAUUAUGUUUUUGCGUACUGCAGUGGGAUUAUUCUGACCAGUACAGUUUAUUUUCUCAUAUAUUGUGGAGUGAAGAAAAACAAACCAUGUGUUUAUUCAACAGCAGUAUUACCCGCUUUCUUCUCGGGACUGCUGUGGGGAAUAGCAAACGGUGCUUGGUUUCUGGCAAACUACUACCUGGGAGCAGUUAUCACAUUUCCUCUCAUUACUGCUGGUCCAUCUGUAAUAUCAUUGACAUGGGGAGUGUUUUACUUUAAAGAAAUAAAGGGAUCACGGAAUUUUGUAAUACUCGGUUUUGUGCUGGCCAUUGCACUUACUGGAACCAUACUCAUUGGUUUGUCUAAAGUGGAAGGAAUUGUCUGACCUACCCUGUGCAGCAACUGAAUAAUGGAGUCCGCCAUUUCUCAGAAGCAACAGAAACCUGCUGAACAAUACCUGAAAAAAAUUAAUAUUUGAUUGUAUGCUUUUGUGCAAUAUGUAAUGCUGCUAAUUUAAGAUUAAAUAGUCUCAAGCUUUUGGAGGGCAUUGACUCUAACUACAUAAAGUGUACAGGAUAGUCAGGAGUGCCUUAGUAGAAAACUAGUAGAAAAGCUUUUGUGUCAUAAUUUAAAGAACGUUUUGCUGUUUGUUACCUGGAUCCUGACACCCGUUCAGUCUUAUUGUUCCAUAUUAAAAAUACGCUAUAUGAAGUGUCUUUUAAGUAACUUGUAAGAUCUGGGGUACACUAAAUAGUAAACAGGGCAGCAACCUGCUUAUCAUCUAGAAAACCGUAAAUAAAAGUUACGGUUGUAGUUGUAAUGUAGCAGCAGUGCAACGUUACUGUUGCAGUGUCUACCCCCCCCCCCCC